CAUCAGUUAGUCCAUUGACAUUGUGAGAAUCAGUUCAUUAGACAUUUAUUUGAUUACCCGAAAAGCUUUCUUCCUGUCAUAUUAAGUCUUAUCAGACUAUAAAGUUAUCAAUUAUUCCAACAAAAUUAAUAUAAAGGCUAUUUGUUGAUGUGUCUUGAACGAAAAUUGUGCAAUAUUUCAAAAAAAAUUAAUAGUAAAAUAUAUCACAAGCGUUGGAAUAAAAAGAAGAGAUAAAUUGCUAAAUUUGUAAAGUUAUAAUUAAGUGUAAACAGUGAAUAAAAAUAAACAUUCGUGAAAAUGGCGCUAUCAAUGGCUAUACCGCUUUCGGGGUUGGAGUUAGACCAAUUUAAUAAUUUAACAAAUCACCUGAUGAUGAACAGGAUUGACUUUAGAGUUAUGCAACCAGAUGCAAGGCCAUUAUCACCAAGUACCAGAAGUGAUUCAAGUAACACCAGCGGCAUCAGUAGUUUGGUUCUAUGUAGUAGCAAUUACACAACACCACAAUCAUCAUCACCAGUUUCAUCACGGUCUACUUCUCCAACAAAAGAUAAGGACAAUUCAAACAAUGAUACCGACAGUAAUGUCUCAGCAAAUGGUACAUCAAAUCAACAACCAAGAAGACCACGUUCAACACCACAGAGAUCUAGAUUAGCGGCUGACCUUUGUGAUUUGAAUCUAUUUUAUCGGCAACUCCUUCAGUUACCACCAACUCCACUUUACCGACCUGCCGGUAAGAGUUACCAACAUUCAAUCACUUCACAAAAUUCAACCACUGAUGAACCACCACUGAAAAUACUUUAUAAAAAUCGAGAUAUUUUAAAUCUUGAGGCCAACCUGAGAGAACCUAGUUGGCAGAUGAGGACACCUUCUGUACCUAGACAUAAUAUUCGGUAUUUUAUGGCUAACAGAUCAAUUUAUUUUAGACUUGGAGACCAUGGACUCAAAGAAGAUUAUCCUAUGAGAAUUUGCAAAGAAUGUGACUUUAAAGAGCCAUCACCGUUUCUGAUUUGAUCCAAAGAUAAAAAAAAAAAAAAUGUAUCUAUGUUAUCGUUCAGUGAA